CUUAUCUCUCUCUGAAUAUGUGGCGGAAAUGGAAAUUCAUUAUCAUCACUCUCUUCUCUCAGCUUCUCCUUGCCUUAGACGAAGGACCAUGAAAGCCACUCGUUUCACGCCUUUCUGCCACCAAAAUACACAUUCACAAUAUCCAUCUCUACCACACAACAAGAUAAUCCAGCAGUGGAAGCAGGAACGAGGUUUCGAUCACAAAAAUGGAUAUAUAGAUUGCACUGCAUUGGUACGAGCCUUGAGUAGAAAAAGAAUGCCUCAUCUAGCUCAGAAGCUUGUACUUGAGAUGAAAUCUGAAGGUUUUUUGCCUAACAGCUCUACAUUGUCAUCUCUGAUGUUAUGCUAUGCAGAUAAUGGCCUUCUUCCCCAAGCACAGGCAGUUUGGGAUGAAAUAAUAAAUAGUUCUUUUGUGCCAAAUAUUCAAAUAAUUUCAGAGUUAUUUGAUGCAUAUGGGAAGAUGAGGUAUUUUGAUGAAGUAUCCAAAAUAUUGGAUCAGGUAAGUUCAAGGGAUUUUAAUUUGUUACCUGAAGCUUACUCACUGGCUAUCUCUUGCUUUGGAAAAGGAGGGCAGCUUGAAUUGAUGGAGAAAACUUUGAAGGAAAUGGUUUCUAGGGGAUAUGUUGUAGAUUCUUCCACCGGUAACGCUUUUGUAAGAUAUUAUAGCAUCUUUGGUUCUCUAACAGAGAUGGAGAAUGCUUAUGGCCGCUUUAAAAAGUCUAGACUUCUAUUAGAAAAAGAAGGAAUCAGGGCAAUAUCACUUGCAUAUAUUAAGAAAAGAAAGUUUUACAAAUUGGGUGAGUUCCUUAGGGAUGUGGGUCUUGGUCGGAAAAAUGUGGGGAAUCUUUUAUGGAACCUGCUGCUGCUAUCCUAUGCUGCCAAUUUUAAAAUGAAAAGCUUGCAGAGAGAAUUUGUGAGAAUGGUUGAAGCUGGAUUCCAUCCUGAUCUUACAACAUUUAAUAUCAGAGCUCUGGCCUUUUCAAGAAUGUCUUUGCUUUGGGAUCUACAUCUUAGCCUUGAGCACAUGAAACAUGAAAAAAUUGUCCCUGAUCUUGUGACUUGUGGUUGUUUUGUUGAUGCAUACUUGGAUAAAAGACUUGGAAGAAAUUUGGACUUUGCUUUGAACAAAAUGGACUUGGAUGAUUCUCCAGUAGUAUUAACAGAUCCAUUUGUGUUUGAGGUUUUGGGUAAAGGGGAAUUUCAGUCAAGCUCAGAGGCGUUUUUGGAGUUUAAAAGCCCAGGGAAAUGGAACUACAGGCAGCUAAUUGCAGUGUAUCUCAAGAAACAACAUCGGAGGGAUCAAAUCUUCUGGAAUUACUGACAAGUGGUGGGCUGCUUGUGUACAGAAAAAUUUUGACUAGUUAGUAUAGAAAAAAAGGAUUCUUAAUGAUAAUGGAGUCUACAUCAGUUCUUUGAUGCUGACCAUGAUUAGUAUGUUGAUGAUUCAUAAUUGACCCCAAAAUUAGGGACUAAGGAUUGGUUGUUGUUGUUAUAUAUCAGUUCUUUGAUACAUUGGCUUUGGUUUUAAAACCUGCAGUUGUCACUUUGUAUAUGACUAGAUUGGCUUGAGAUUCGUCUUCCUUUGUACUUCAUGUGUUUGCCCUGAAUAGAUUUGAUAUCUUGUCUAGAAAGAUGUAUACUUUGGGAGAUGUUAAUUUCAAGAAAUUUGUUUUUUUAAA